AUGCAUGCACGCCAAGACGACAAUCCCCGAGACGCCAAGCGCGCCCGCGUAGAUUUUAAAUUGGGAGGUGCAGCACGGCAAAAUGCGCGUAUCUCAGAGCAGGAUGCAGGGAUGACCGAGUAUGUGCAUCCUGGGUGGGAGCCUGUGCAAGGGAUUAUCAAACAGCGCUACGCCGACUUUCUUGUGCACGAGAUUGCGCUUGGAAACGAGGUGCUUCAUGUGCGUUCACUAGCGCCACCCGUGGGCGGUACACUGUGGCGACGCUGGGUCCAGGAUGGCGCUCCGGGUGCAGGGAAUGUCAACGUGCAGGAAGAGGAGGCUGCGCUGGAAGUUAAGUGCGCCGCAAAAGAAGCGGAGCUAGCCGCCACGGAACAAUGGACGGCGCUGCAGCCGUAUUUUGGAGGCGAUACACAGGCACUUGAGCAACUUGCAUGUGGCACAGGCUCUGCGAGCAUCAUGAGCGUGGGCAUACCAGACAAGGCCGACCGUGCUAAGGUCCACCAGCUCAUUCGCUCCCUCUCAAAAAGCACACUGGCAUCGGAAGCGACUACGACCGAAGAUGGAGUCGCGGCUAUUCUUGUGCAGCGCAUGCCACCAUCGCGUAGCCGUGCGCGCCUAGAUCCAACUUCCGAAGCACACACUGCACCGCCCUAUAUUCAUUUUACCCUUCAGAAAACCAACCGCGAUAGUCAAGAAGCGCUGCUAUGGCUUGCACGCUUUUUGCGGGUGGAUGGACGUGGACGUGGCGCCAACUUGUUCAGUGUCGCGGGUACGAAAGAUAAGCGCGCGAUUACAGUGCAGCGCGUGGCAUUCCAGCGCGGCCAAAAGACGCUCGACGACUUGUGGCGCGCGGUGAACCAUAUUGACUUGCCGGUCUCCAGCGCGGCUCAUACCAAAGAGCGCCGUACUGUCAAGUUUGCGACCUCGACACGCGCUGAGCGCGGCCUUCGCAUUGCGCAUUUGGCCUAUGCAGAUCGCCCAUUACAGCUGGGGAUGCUUGCUGGCAACCAAUUCACCAUCGCGCUACGGAAUGUCUGCUGGGCUGAUAAGCCAUUGUGCGAUGACCGUGCAAAACUUUGUGCAUCGCUGCGUGAACGUGCGUUUCUGAUUGAGCGCGACGGGUACAUUAAUUACUUUGGUAUGCAGCGCUUUGGGACGGGUGCGGUGGCUACGCACGCCGUUGGCAUUGCCAUUCUCCGCGGCGAUUUCCAAGCUGCGCUCGCGCUCAUACUCUCGCCGCACGAAGCUGACAGUGUGCACGACGGCGAUGAACAGGGCGCACCGCCGAAUGUCGUUGCAGUACGCAAAGCCAAGCAAGCCUACGCAGAGGCAAGGUACGGUGAUGCAUACGAUCUCUUCCCCAAGACUUGCGUCGCCGAGCGAGCUGUGCUUAACAAGAUGCGGUCCAAGCACUGGUUGCCCACCGACUCGCUCGGUGCAUUCCAAAAUAUACCACGCACAUUGCGAUUGAUGUAUGUGCACGCGUACCAAUCCUAUCUUUGGAAUAGCAUGGUAUCUGAACGAGUACGCCGCUUUGGCGCGCUGCAUUGUGUUGCGGGAGAUUUGGUAGCGACAUCUGACGGGCACAUUGUGCUCGAUGAAAGCAACGCACAACAAUAUGGUAUCGAGCAAGCGGUCAUGCCCAUGCCUGGUAGCGAUGUGCAUCUCCCCUCGCAAAGCUGGCUUGCGUCGAUGUACACUGCGCUCCUUGACCGGGACGGCCUCACUCCUGCGUCCCUUUCCGCAUCGCGCCAGGCGGAGUACCGGCUAAAAGGCGCACACAGAGCCAUAAUCCAGAAACCGCGCGGGGUAUCGGUGGAUUUGAUACCGUACACAGAUGCUGACGCACCGCUCGUGCAAACGGACGAGGAAACGCUGUUGCCCGAUGUGCCUGCGCCCGUACCUGCGCCGUUGGACGCGCCGUUCCUCGCGCUGCAGCUCACUUUCCAACUCCCGCCCUCUUCCUACGCUACGAUCCUAUUACGCGAGCUGCUGCACACCGAUACAAGUGCACAUGUGCAAGCUGCAUUGACCAAGAACUCUGCUGACCAGCAUUCAUAG